AUGGAUGUUAUUGUGAAUAUAUGUAAAGGGAGAAAUGAUUUGGAUGUUGACAUUGAAAAUAAACUCGGAAACGGAGCAUUUGGGACCCUUUUUAUUGGAUUCCUGAGAGAUCAGAAGUUAAGAGGUGAAGGCAAAGUCAAAGUUGCAGUUAGGGAGAUAGACUUUCAUAGAAGAGCUGACCUUUGCGAGUUCCGUGAAAAUGUACGAACUAUGACAGAACUGAAUCAUCCAAACCUUUUAAAAGUAUUUGGGACUUGUGAAGUGGACGGUCAAGAAUGCCUUGUAACAGCCUAUAUGAAAAACGGGUCUUUAGGAAGAAACAAAGAAGGAGAAGCAAAA